CCUAUAUAACAUUUGAGAGAACUUUGCUCAUUGCUCUCGUCAAGACUUACCGGAACCAGUUGUAUUCAAUACCGAAACCAAGUUGGUUCAUCUCGCAAUUUGAACCUUGAGCUGUUUCUACUACUUUGAUUUUUUCUUCAGCAUCAGAAGAAGUUGCAUAUAUGGCAGCAAACACCGACCAAGAAAUUGCUCCACUAAAUGAAAACAACGACCAACCCAAAGAUUCAGCAAUUGAUAUCCCUGAAGAAGACUCAGAGCCUGGGCGUGAGUGUUGUAUUUACAAGGUCCCUAGACGUUUUCGUGCAGGAAACGAAGAAGCCUACACUCCUCACUUGAUUUCAAUUGGGCCUACUCAUCAUGGUGACCCAAAUUUGGCUCCAAUGGAGUUUCAAAAGAAGAGAUAUUACGAUAAAUUUCUGCGAAAGACUUCGGAGAAAACAUUGAAAGAUUUUAUGAGCUCUAUUGAACUGAAUGUAAUACGUAUAGGCAGGUGUUAUGACGUCCAGUCUAUCUAUAUGUUGGAGGCUUCCCAGCUUAUUGAGAUAAUAUUCCAUGAUGCAGUUUUUAUCAUUACGCUUUUCUUGAGUGAUUGGGCGAAAAAACAAGAAUUCACCGACGAGGACUACUACCAUGAUGAGGAGGAGGAUGACUACUACGACUUAAACCAAAGUGCAUUGUUAAGAGUUAAACUUCUAACGGAUCUGAUGUUACUUGAAAAUCAACUUCCGUUCUUCGUCCUUGAAGAUCUAUAUAAGUUAGUUUUUCUUUCCUCCAAUGAAUACUCUUCUCUUGAUCUUGCUAAGCUAGCCUCCAAUGAAUACUCUUUUCUUGAUCUUGCUUGCUCGUAUUUCGGUAUAAAAAAAGAUCCAUCAUUCAAGAAAAAGAAGAUUAAACAUUUUACGGAUUUAAUUAGAUAUCAAGUGUUGAUGAAUUGUCCAAAGUUGGACAAUGAUAUACAUAUGGGAAACCACAACAUGCAUAGUGCAACGAAAUUACAUGACGCUGGUGUUCAGUUUAAAAGUACUACAGUUAAAGAUUACUUUCGUGUUAUGUUUAAUGGUGUUUCAUAUAUUUGUAAUAAGAUUGGUGAUUUUGAGUUUGAAGGUUUUGGCAAUAUGGUUGUGGAUGAUGUGCUUGGAUCUACUAAGUACGGCUUGCUUGAGGUAGAAUUUAAGAAGGGAGUGCUAAAAUUGUUAACUAUUGAUGUGGAGUACGAGACUGAGAUUCGUUUUAGAAACUUGAUGGCCUUCGAACAAUAUUACUAUCCAAAAAAGGCUUAUUUUUGUAGUUAUAUUAAAUUACUAGACUCUCUUGUUGACACUAAUGAAGAUGUAGAUUUAUUGGUAAAAGAAGGGAUUAUUGUCAAUAGAUUGGGUAGCAGUGAAGCUGUGGCAAAAAUGAUUAACAAGCUUGCGGUGGGAGUUGUACAUUCAACUUUGCUCUAUGGUGAAAUCGGUAUGGAUCUAGACCAGCAUUAUAAAAAUUCUUGGAACCGUAGAAUGGCAACCUUAAAGCAUGUCUAUUUUAACGAUCUUUGGAGAGGAACUGCGACUGUUGCUGCUUUUAUCGUGGUGAUACUCACUCUCAUGCAAACCGUAUUGGCAAUCUUAGAAAAAGGAGCACUCACAAAAUAAAUACUCCUACUUUGAAAGCAGUCUUCAAUUCAAUGAAAGAUAAAGCUAAUCUUUUUAUGUGUGUUAAUUUAUGUGUGUUUUGCUCUUUUAAGUUUAUUUGCAUUUCCACUUUGAGUGAAAGGGGAGUUUGUUGCUCUUAUCAUGUACUGCUACCAUCAAUGAAUAAUUGUGUGCUUAUUUCGUUUUAUCAGAUCUUUAUUCGACUGGCU